AUGAAGUUGCUUACCACUCUUACCCUCGCCGGAAUCGCCUCUGCUGCCCUUCCAGACAAGUCCAAGACCUUCAUCUUCUCGUACCCCCACCACACCUACACGAAGACUCUUUACGGUGAAAAGGCAGAGCAUCUUACCACUACCCAUAUGACUAUUGCUCGUCCUCACCACACCCACACCAAGACCUUCUUCACUUGGAUGGGUAACGGUGCUGCUCCUACUGAUGCUGAAGACGUCCCACAGGAUGAAGACGCUGAGCCUGAGCAGCCUGAGGAGAAGCCUGAGGAGGAACAGAAGCCUGAGCCUACUGGAGAGGCUCCAGCUGAAGACGAAAAGCCACCAGUUGAGUCUAAGGCUCCAGAGGAGUCUGCUAAGGCUGACCACCCACCUGUCGCUUCUAUCUUUGAGGGCGGCGCUGCUGCCGCUGGCGUUGGCGCUGGAGGUUUGGCUGUUGCUUUGUUGCUUCUUUAA